AUGUCAUUUUUCAGUCCCUACCCCGGCCGUGCGAUGUUUGUAGCCUUCGUAGUUCUGCUCCUCUCCUUGCCGGCGCCAUCGGCCGGUGACCAGCUGCUCUGCGCCGGCGCCAACGGCAAGUACAGCCCAAACAGCACCUACCUGACCAGCCUUAGAUCCCUCGCCGAUGAACUUACCGCCAGAGCCAUGAACUCGCACUCGGCCACUGGCACGGCCGGCACGGGCUCCAACGACAAGGUCUACGGCGCCGUGCUCUGCCGAGGGGACUCCACCGGCGCCGACUGCAGCGGGCGCCUCCGGGAGGCCUUCGGCAGGACCAUCGACGCCGACAGCACCGGGGCCGCCGCAUGCGCGCUCCACAAGGACGUGGCGCUCUACUCCGAGCUGUACCAGCUUCGCUUCUCCGACGAGGACUUCCUCUCCGCCUCCAGCAACGCGCCGGAGUGGGUCGACGGCACCAACCUGAAUCUUGUGCCGGCCGCCGAUGCUAGGCAGUUCGACGAGCUGGUCGCCAAGCUAACGAGAUCCCUUGCAGAGGCCGCGGCAGCGCAACCGGACAGGUACGCAACGGCCGACGUGCCGUGGUCGUCACGGGAGAGCGAGCGGACCGUGUACGGGCUGGCGCAGUGCAUGCAGGACAUGCCGCCGGAACGCUGCCGCGCUUGCCUCAACGGAGUCGGCGCUGAGAUACGGCGGCGGAUAGGUAGCAGCAAGAUGGGCGGGGCGAUUCAUGGUGCGCGGUGCACACUCCGGUACGAGACCGGCACCCAGUUCUUUACGGAGGCUGCCACAGGGCAAAGGAAGGGCCACGCACUCCUGAUUAUUGCCACAGUGUACUCGCUCUCGGUCGUCUGUACACGUUUGCUUUUCUGUGUCCUAUACAUCAUAAGACGAAGAAAAAGAGGGAAGAUAAACUCCACGGAGCAGCCCAAGAACAUAGAUGAAAUCCUGAGGCUUUGGAAGAUGGAAGAUACCGGUUCUGAGUUCUCCUUGUAUGAUUUCUCACAAAUCGCAGAUGCUACAGACAACUUCUCACCCGGCAAAAUAUUAGGACAGGGUGGCUUUGGGCCCGUUUACAAAGGAAUUUUUCCUGACGGACAAGAAGUAGCGAUUAAAAAACUCGCUGCACGGUCAAGACAAGGUCUAGUGGAAUUCAAAAAUGAGAUCCAACUGGUAGCAAAACUUCAGCACAGACACCUUGUUAGGCUGCUGGGUUGUUGCAUCCAUGACGAAGAGAAGAUUCUGAUCUAUGAAUACAUGUCAAACAAAAGCUUGGACUACUUCAUUUUCGAUCCAAACAGGAGGACAUCAUUAAACUGGAUGAUACGACUUAAAAUAGUUGAAGGAAUAGCCCAAGGGCUUCUAUACCUUCAUGAGCAUUCACGACUGCGUAUCAUCCAUAGGGAUCUGAAAGCAAGCAAUAUUCUGUUAGACUCUGAGUUAAAUCCUAAGAUUUCUGAUUUUGGCAUGGCAAGGAUAUUUCCGUCAGAUGCCACUCAAACAAAAACAAGCAGGCUUGUUGGAACAUAUGGUUACAUGGCUCCUGAGUACGCAUUUGAGGGCCUCCUUUCGAUCAAGUCAGAUGUUUUCAGUUUUGGGGUAUUGCUUCUUGAGAUUAUAAGUGGAAAGAGGAGUGCAGGAUUUCAGCAUUAUGGAGAAGGAGAAUUUCACAAUCUUCUUCAAUAUGCAUGGCAGAUGUGGGAAGAAGAAAGAUGGCAUGAAUUCAUUGAUCAAUCAAUUGGUGAUGAAUAUGAACCAGGAGACAUGAUGAAAUAUCUCAGGUUGGCACUGAUGUGUGUCCAAGUAAAAGCAGUAGACCGUCCCACUAUGUCUGAUAUUGUUGCAAUGCUUAGCAGUGACGACAUCACUGUACCAGAGCCAAGGCAACCAGCUUACUCCUAUACCAGAGUAGAUGUGUCAGUGAACAUCAAUUUAUCAUGCACCAGAAAUGAUAUAACCCUCACCACUACUGAUGGUAGAUAA